CAAUAUCAGGAAAACAUAUCGCUUACGUCAUCCAGCCUUUUUUUCUACCACUCCAGGCUCACUUCCGGCCCUCGACGCUGUCGACGAUGAGCAAGCUCUUCUUCUCUACUAUAGAGGUUACUCGCCAGGCAUUCUACCGCACAUCGCUCACAUGCGCCAUCGUCAAUCUCAAGCCGAUCGUUCCUGGACACGUGCUGGUCAUCCCAAACCGAGUUGUACCCCGCCUCAAGGACUUGGAGACUCAUGAACUGGCCGCACUGAUGUCCUCGGUACAGACCGUCGGAAAGGUCGUGGAGCGCGUCUAUGGAGCGGAUGGUCUGACGAUCGCAUGCCAAGAUGGAAAGGCUGCUGGACAGACUGUUCCCCAUGUGCAUUUCCAUCUCUUGCCGCGCAAACUACACGGCGAUCGUUUCACUUCUCGCAACGACGAAGUAUACCCAGCCCUAGAACGAGCAGAGAGCGAGCUUCCGGAAGAGUUGGCCUCUACUCCAUCCAACUCACCACAGUCGACAUCUUCGAAGGAGAAGGGUGGUCCGAUCGGGAAUGUCGAACCUCUUUGCAUGGAUGCAGACGAUGAGAGGAAACCGCGUUCCAUGGAAGAAAUGGUCCAAGAGGCCGAGUGGCUGAGAGGUUUUUUCAUAGGUGCUGAGGAGACAGAAGUGGAAUGACACACGCUGUCACGCAUGCAGGACGAAAAUU